ACGUAGUCUAACAAAGUAACCGUCUCUGUAAAGAGGGGAUUUAUACAUUUUCAGAAAAUUCAAAUUCAGGAACGUUUGCGCCACAACUGACGAAAAUGAACUACGAGCAGAGAUUAACCGCCGCCGCGAAGUAUGUGUUCGACGGAGACGCACGCGCCGCCACUGAGGGUGAAGUCAACUCUUCCGAUUACGGUGUAACGGCGGUGCUUAAGCCUCACCAAAUUGAAGGACUGUCAUGGCUUAUACGACGAUACCUUAUCGGUGCCAACGUUAUUCUCGGAGACGAGAUGGGCCUAGGGAAGACAUUACAAGCCAUCUCCUUCCUUAGUUACUUAAAGUUUUGUCGAGGAAUACACGGACCCUUCUUGAUAUUGUGUCCGCUCAGUGUGACAGAUGGAUGGAUAUCUGAAGUUACCAAAUUCUCCCCAAAAUUGAAGGUUUUGCGUUACGUUGGAGACAAACAAUACAGACGCGCUUUGAGACGGGAAAUGUAUGAAAAUGUGGAAAAACAAUCGUCAUCAACCAAUGUCCAGACCCUACCUUUUGAUGUCCUCCUUACAACAUAUGAUAUAGCGUUAAUUGAUCAAGACUUUCUUUCACAAAUUCCAUGGCAUUAUGCUGUUAUUGAUGAGGCGCAAAGACUUAAAAACCCUUCCAGUGUUUUGUAUAAUGUUCUCAGAGAUCACUAUAUUAUGCCUAGAAGACUACUCAUGACUGGAACACCUAUUCAGAAUAGCCUUACUGAACUUUGGGCGCUCAUGCAUUUCUGCAUGCCUUCGGUUUUUGGGACAUUAGAGCAGUUUUCUUCUACAUUCAAGGAAGGUAAAGGUGCACCGAUAGUUAAGGAGAAGUUCAAAAGCUUAAAAUAUGUUUUGGCGGCAUUCAUGCUUCGAAGAACAAAAUCUAGGCUUAUUGAGACUGGAACCCUAUCUUUGCCACCUCUUACUGAAAUCACUUUGAUGGCUCCCUUAGUGACAUUGCAGAAGAAGGUGUAUAUGUCAAUAUUGAGAAAGGAACUUCCUAAGCUUCUAGCAUUGUCUUCCGGAACCUCUAAUCAGCAAUCCUUGCAGAAUAUCGUAAUACAGCUACGUAAAGCAUGUAGCCAUCCUUACCUCUUUGCUGGUAUAGAGCCUGAACCGUAUGAAGAAGGCGAACACUUAAUCGAGGCUAGUGGCAAACUUAUCGUGUUGGACCAGCUCCUCCAGAAGCUACGUAAUUCUGGACAUCGUGUUCUUCUGUUUGCACAGAUGACACAUACACUUGACAUCUUACAGGACUAUAUGGAGUUGAGGAAAUAUCCUUACGAACGUCUUGACGGAUCUGUUAGGGCUGAAGAACGGUUCGCUGCAAUAAGGAGUUUUAGCCGCCAGUCUGUCACCGGAAAUUCCAGUUCUGAAUCUGAACCCGAUCCGGACACUGCGUUUGUCUUCAUGAUUUCCACCAGAGCAGGGGGUGUUGGUUUGAAUCUUGUAGCUGCAGACACUGUUAUAUUUUAUGAACAAGAUUGGAAUCCACAGGUGGAUAAGCAGGCUCUACAACGGGCUCAUAGAAUUGGUCAAAUGAAUCAUGUUAUUUCUAUAAAUCUAGUUACUGAACGGACUGUGGAGGAGGUUAUCAUGCAUAGAGCAGAGAGAAAAUUGCAACUAAGCCAUGAUGUAAUAGGUGAAGACGCGAUAGACAAAGAAGGCAAAGAUAUGGUAGGAGCCGAAGCUGGUGAUCUGAAAUCUGUUGUACUAGGGUUACGUAUGUUCGAUCCUACUACUGAAAGCAAUGAGAGCUCGGGUCAACUUGAUACGUCAAAAGUCAACGCUAUUGUUGAAAAGGUUAUAGCAUUCCGACACGGAGGGAAAUCAGAAUUUGAGGAUCAAACGGUUGAGUUUACUUCAAAGGAUUUAUUAGGUGAAAAGUCAUAUGACCCUGUUCUUGAUGAAGCUUCGUAUAAUUCGUGGGUCCAGAAGCUUAAAGAAACAUCAGAGACCAGUGGUGAUUUGGCGUUAGAGGAGGCAAAUAAGAGAUUGAAACUCGAGGAGAAGCAUCUUAAAGCGGAGUCUGUUAGGAGGAAAGCCGAAGAGAAGAAAUUAGCAAAAUGGGAAGCUCAGGGAUAUCGAUCUCUGUCGGUUAAAGAUGUAGUGCUACCACAUGAUAAUGUCCUGUCGGAUUCGGGUUUGGUAAAUUUAGUUUAUGGAGACUGCACUCAGCCGUCGAAAAUUUGUCCAUCAGAGCCAUGUAUAAUAUUUAGUUGUGUGGAUGAUUCCGGAACUUGGGGCCACGGUGGUAUGUUUGAUGCACUCGCUAGACUUUCAUCACAAAUUCCAAAAGCAUAUGAGCGCGCUUCUGAAUUCGGGGACCUUCAUCUUGGUGAUCUCCAUCUUUUAGAAAUUUCUGCAGGUGAAGAUGAGGAGAACAAAGAUGGUAAUGUUAAUCUGUGGGUAGCUCUAGCUGUGGUUCAAACGUAUAAUCCCAGACGCAAAGUGCCUCGUAGCAGUAUCUCUAUUCCUGAACUGGAACAGUGCUUGUCGAAAGCUGCGUUUUCUGCUGCUCAAAAGUCGGCUUCGAUCCACAUGCCGCGAAUUGGUCAUCAGAAUGGGUCAGACCGGUCAGAAUGGUACUCGGUUGAACGUCUUAUUAGGAAAUAUGCUGCUUUAUAUGGCAUAAAGAUAUAUGUGUAUUAUUUCCGUCGAUCCUCUUAAAGAGUGGAGAUGAAUCUAUGUAUCGGGUUCUAGAGGUAAGUUACGUGAUAUCAACAUAACUUGAUCGAAUAGGCAUGUUGGCUUUAUACGACUUCGUCUGUAAUAUAAUUGUGCAAAUUUUAGGUUCUUUUUCAGAUAUAUGUAGCAAGUUUAUCAUGAUUAUCUAACUUUUCGUAUUAAGUAUGUACAGUGAAGUUCCGGCUUAA